UCAUGCGUUUUAAAAGAUUAUUUUUGAUAACGUAUAAUUUAUCAAUCAUUUGUACAUUUUUCUCGUCAAAACUCAUUACAGCAUUGGUACAUUUUUCUUUAAAUGUUUUCACAUAAUGUAAGAAAAAAAAGCAAAAAUGAGCAGCGGUGAACAAAGCAACUCGAACGCUUCUGUUCUGUUACCCAUAGUUCAGCCAGCUGACAUCAAAGAGUUCACGCAAGGCGUGUUCUUUUUCCAGGAAUUGAACCCAAAAGCAAGACAUUCCUUCCAUCCUGCCAGGGCUAAGAAGACGACUAUUCCUGUUAAUACUGUGUCGCCACAUCCAAAGUUCUUGGCUUAUUUCAACAAGACAGAAAUUGGCAGGCGCAAAGGUCUCGACAGUCUGACCCCAAAUGAACUAGCCCAGGUCAGUUCGAAUCUUCCGAUCGAUCUCCAACAGGAACUUCUAAACGACGACGACGGAGGGGAGAGCGAUGAGUUCCGAAACUCGCAGAAGUUCAAGUUCGAACAGUGCAAACAAGCUGCUUUUAACCUGUUGAUGAAGGUCGCUUUCACUCUCGACACUUUUGAUGAAGAUGAACAAACUGUGACUGAAGAACUAGAGUCGCUAUUGGCUGAGAAUUUGGACCAAUUGAGUGCCAAUACAGCUUAUGAGAAGCGAGAGUGGCAAACGCAAGCUUACAAGGAUGAAGCUGCUGCUGUGGAGCGUGAAAGUGUCGACAUGCACACUCCCUCGGUGUUCCAGGCACCCUCUACAUCUGAGUCAGCCAAGAUGGCAACAUCGCCUCUCAAUCCACAGGGAACACUCAGAACACCCGUUCCUCCUCUGAACUCCAAAAAGCCAUUUGGGAAUGCCUUUCAAGCCAACAAAUCGCGAGCGCCUUCUUUAGUUCCAGUUCAGCAGAUGGCGACCAUUGUGAAUGAUGCCGUCAGUCUUGCUGGAUCCGAGAACCAAGACACUCUCGGGCCCCUGCCGACAGCCAACUCGAUGAGCAAAAUCAAAAGUGCGUUCCGUGGCUCUUCGCGACAGAGGACAACUUCGGGUUCGGACGAGAGCGAGACUGGCAGUCGGAGAUCCCGAAUGAGCACGAGGAGUGGAAACAGAAGUGGUCAUUUGGCCGGACAUUCCACCCCUCCAGUUCUUCGCCGACUAAGAGCAAACGAACAAAUAGUGACGGUGUGCUUCUCGUUGGAGUCCAAAGAGUGUGAAGAGAAGGGAUGGAUAGUUCACUCUGCAGCCGACUCCAGUGCGGAGGACAAAAGGUACACUGCUGUGUUGAUCUACAAGAUGAUCCAUGCAUCGGGGGAGAAGAUUAGAGAUCAGGAUUUCAUCGAGGAGAAGGAGGGCAGGGGUGACAACGGGGUGCAGAUCGAUUACUGGGGCAACAAAAAGAUGAACCUACGCAACCAGAAACAACCGAAAGCAGUCGACCUGCACGGAGGAGACACUCGGCUGCUUCCUUGGCCGAUAAUGCCAGAGACCACAUUGAGCCAGGCAUUUCCUGGCUACAUCUCCCUCCCCGA